AUGGGAAUAAUCUGCAGCUCUAAAAGACGAAUUAAAUUUAAACAUUCUCUGUUAAGUCCAGAAGAGAGGUAUAAGAUUGAGAAUUCCUUACCAAGAGCAUAUCGUCAAAUAAUUAAAUAAAAAUAUGAGGAAUUUGGAUAAACAAUAGGUUUAACUUUUGAAGAAUUUUGUUAAAUUAUACCAUUAAAUUAAUAAGGUAAGAUUUAUCCAUAAAUAAGGGUACUUUUUGAAAAGAAUUUUUAAUUUUUUUGAUUAAUAAAAGAGGAAUAGAAUUAAUCUUGAAGAAAUGUAUUUAGUUGUUAGCAAAAUGUACAAUCCACUUACUUAAGUGGAAAUAUUAUUUGAAAUUUACGAUUUAGAUAAUGAUAGAUAAUGGAGUAAAAAAGAAUUCAAUAAAUUUAUAAGGGAGAAUUUAAAUUUGUUAAAAGCCUAAUCUUAACAAUAAAUUCAACCAUUAAACUAAAACUAAUUUUAUGAAUGGGCACAAGAGCAUUUAAAUUUAGUUGAUUUAUAAAACGGUUUAAAAUGUCUUUUUGUAUCUAACAAUAAGAAAGAAAUUGCUAGAGAAAUAUUAUAAAAAGUAGAUGAAAUUAUCUCAUAAGAUUAAAGUGUAAAAAUGUUUAUAAUAAGUGCAAAAUGGUUGAAUAAAUUAAAAUGCUAUGUAGGACUAAACUAAGAAUAGUAAUUCGUAUUUUUAACAUAGACCUUAACAAAAUCUUGAAGAAUUAAGUGAGAGUUAAAAUGAACCAGGAAAAAUAGAUAAUAGCGAUAUUUCAGGAGAAAAUGAAGGAGAAUUAAGACAAGGAUUAAAGGAUGAGGAUUAUAAUAUUGUUCCUCAUAAGGUUUGGCAAAAUUUAAUUGAUUUAUUUAGUAUUACAGAUCAAAAACUUAUCUAUAAGAGAAGUUUUGAAAAUAUUCAUAACAAACUUGAUUCAGAGUUAUAUCCAAAAAUAAUGUUAGGAAUUUAAGUAGAAGAGGUUAAUAAUAAUUUAAAAUUAGAAAAUUUAUAUGAUAAAAGCUAAAUGCUAAAAAUGAAUACUGAUUCUACUAUGCACGACAUAAGAAAAAAACUAUUUAAGAGAUUUAAUAUUCAAACUUCAAAUGGAAAAGAAUUUCUUCUAUAUUAUAGAACAUCUAAAGAUUAAAUUUGGAAGUUAGUUACUGAUUUAGAUGAUGCUAUUUAAAAUCUUCCAUCAAGAACAUUAUUCACUAUGACAAAACUUAAAAUGAGUCCUCCAAUCAACUAGACUAAUUUAUAAUUAACACAAAAUUCUUUAUAAAAUGUUGGUGAUGUUUAAAAAAAAGAUAUUAUUUAUACAGGUAUAUAGAAUGAAGGACAGAUUUGUUAUAUGAAUGCUGUAUUACAAUGUUUAGCAGAAACUCCCUUUUUGAGUAAUUUUCUCUAUAAUUCAAAUUUACAAAAAAUUAUAACUUAAAAAAAUUAACUUGUGAAGUAAAAAAAUUGUUAACCACCAAAAAUUACUUUAAUAGAGGAAUUGUCUCGCUUAGUUAAAAAGUUAUAGGACGGAGAGUAAUAACAUAUUUCUAUAGAAAGUUUUAUUGAAGCUGUAACUUAAAAUAUUUUAGAUUCUCGUAAAUAGCCUAUAUAUCCAUUAUAUGAAACUGCAGAUUCAAAUGAAUUUUUAAAAGAUUUAUUAGAACAUAUUUCAAGCGAAUUAAAAAGAUCUGAAAAAGAAAAAAAUACUAUUAUUGAUACACUUUUCCAAGGAAUAAAAAAAACAAAAACUUUUUGUUAAUAAUGUGGAUAUGUAAAAGAGGAAGAGGAAAAAAUAAAUAUUUUAAAUUUGAAUGUUUUAGAAAUGAAAGAUGAGUGUAGAUUAUAACUCAUGUUUUUUUAAAAAUAUAAACUCUAUGAAACAAAAGAUUAAUCUAAAGAAAUCGAAUUAAAGAAAAAAAGAAUUACUCUUAAAAGUAAUCAAACAAUUAAACAAUUAUAAGAAGAAAUUUCUAAAAUCACUAAUCUCAAUAAAAAUGAAUACGAAAUUGCAUUUAAAAAAUAAGGCUCAAAAGGAGCCUUAUUUACAAUUUCUGAAAAUCAUUAUUAAUCGGAAAUAUACAAAUUGGGUAUCACUAGUAAAAAAACAAUAUAUGUUUAUGAAUUAGGAAAUUAAGAUCAAGCAAAAAGAGAAUUUAUUGAAAUUUCCUAAAUCUUCAAUUAUCCAACUUCAAAUUUUUAAUUGAAUGAUAUAGUAAAUUUUAAAUCAAAGGAUAAUCUAUGGAAAGAAGGGUAUAUAGUAGAUAUUUUAGAAAAUUAGUACGAAAUUUUAGAUAUUUCUUAAAAUUAAAAAUAUAGAAUUAAUAAUCAAGAUAUCUCGUAAUUUAGAAAAAAUGUUUAAUAUUAGUAGAAUACAAUGAAAAUUGAAGUUUAUAAUUACUUUAAUUAAUCAAAAUAUUAUUAAAUUAAAUAGAUAUUAUAACCGAUGAUCAUUUAAAUUCCAAUCAAAUCAAUUACAUUUCAGGAAUUAAAGGUCUACAUCUAUAAAUAAAUAUAAAGAUUCAUUAAUAUUGUAAAAUAUUAUUAAUUUUAGGACGAAUUUAAAGUUAAACCGAAGUUUAAUAGUACUAAAGGAUAGGAAGAAGAAGUUAAGAAAUUUUUUAACUAACCUGAAUUUCCUUAUAGAAUUUAACUUGUUGAUAAAGACAAUAAAUGCUUAAAUUGCAAAAAGCCAUUAACUUUUGUAGAUAAAAUUUAAACUAAUUGUAAGUGUGAAGUUGAUCCUAUUCUACUAAAAUUUGAUAAUGCUAAUAAACCAAAAGUAAUUUUAGUAUGGAAUUAAACUUAAAAAUAUUUAAAAUAAUUAAAAAUAAAAUCAGAUUAUGAUUUCAAAUUAGAAGAUUAUCUAAAAUAAUACACAAACAUCUAUGAAUUAAAAAAAAAUUGUGGAAAUUGUAAAAUCCCUUUGUUUGAUUUAACUUUUUUAUUUGUAGCACCAAUCAUUUUGGUUAUUUUUUUACCAAAGCUAACAAAUACUGUGGUACAUUUUGAAAUAAAAUCUUAAAAUAUUAAGGAUUGUCGAAAUGGAAUAGAAGAUGUUUUAUAUAACCUUUAUGCUGUCAUAAAUUUAAAAUAAUAGAAUGACCAUCGAAAAUAGACUAUUUUACGACAUUACAAUGCUUUUGUAAAAAAAUAAGAUGAAUGGAUUGAAUUUAAUGAUUCCUAAAUCAAAAAGAUAGAUUUACAUAAGAUAACAUCUAAGAACGCAUGUUUACUAUUUUAUAUAAAAUAAGACAUUAAAGAUGAUAUCAAAUUUUAAAUUUAAGAUUUUUUUUGA